AUGAAGGCGCUCAUCCUCGUCGGGGGCUUCGGGACCCGCCUCCGGCCUCUCACGCUCAGCUUCCCCAAGCCCCUCGUCGAUUUCGCCAACAAGCCCAUGAUUCUGCACCAGGUAGACAAACGGCUGCGGCUGCGCUUGAUAGAGAUUGUGUACUAUGGUGCUGUGAGCCAGAUUUCCCCUUCUUUUGUUGUCACAAAUGCAGAACAAGUUGUACAGAUUCGAGGAAAGAAAAAUUUAUUGAUUAAAACCUACCAAUUUGUGCAGAUUGAAGCCUUGAAAGAUGUUGGGGUUACAGAGGUUAUUUUAGCCAUCAACUACCGCCCAGAGGUCAUGAUUAAUUUCUUGAAGGAUUUUGAGGAUAAGCUUGGCAUCACAAUCACAUGCUCCCAGGAGACUGAACCCUUGGGAACUGCUGGUCCUCUUGCCCUGGCAAGGGACAAGCUUGUGGAUGGAUCUGGCGAGCCAUUCUUUGUCCUCAACAGUGAUGUCAUAAGUGAAUACCCAUUUGCUGAGCUCAUACAAUUUCACAAGAGCCAUGGCGGUGAGGCAACAAUUAUGGUCACUAAGGUGGAUGAACCUUCGAAAUAUGGUGUUGUGGUUACGGAGGACACAACUGGAGUUGUGGAAAGAUUUGUAGAGAAGCCAAAAAUAUUUGUAGGCAACAAGAUCAAUGCAGGAAUUUACCUGUUAAAUCCAUCUGUCCUGGACCGCAUCGAAUUGAAGCCAACUUCAAUUGAGAAAGAGGUCUUUCCUCGAAUUGCGGCUGAUCAAAAGCUGUACGCCAUGGUCCUUCCAGGCUUUUGGAUGGAUAUUGGUCAGCCAAGGGACUACAUCACUGGCUUGCGUCUUUAUCUAGAUUCACUCAGGAAGAAGUCAGCUGCCAAGCUGGCUGCCGGAGCACAUGUUGUUGGGAACGUCCUGGUGCACGAGAGCGCCAAGAUUGGGGAGGGUUGCCUGAUUGGUCCUGAUGUUGCUAUUGGACCUGGAUGCGUCGUGGAAGAUGGUGUGAGGCUCUCCCGAUGCACGGUGAUGCGUGGUGUACGCAUUAAGAAGCAUGCGUGCAUCUCAAACAGCAUUAUUGGCUGGCAUUCAACGGUCGGACAAUGGGCACGCAUAGAGAACAUGACUAUCCUGGGAGAAGACGUACAUGUAGGUGACGAGGUCUACAGCAAUGGCGGUGUUGUUCUCCCGCACAAGGAGAUCAAGUCAAGCAUCCUGAAGCCUGAGAUCGUCAUGUGA